CACCCACCUCCCACCUCAACACGUUGCUCGCCACCAUUCACCCCCCACCACCACCAUCAUCACCACCCUCAUCACCACCUUCCACCACUUCCAUCCCACUCAACCACCCUUCAUCCACUAUCACAACAAAACUCAUCCUCCCCCUCCUCCCCCCUCGCCGCAUUCAUCACUCAUAUCUCGCAGCAUACAUAACCUCCAUCACAGGACUGGCACAGGGCAUCUGCCUUUGUCACCAUGCUUUCCUCGUUGUUAAACAACGACUCCUCCCCACCACCACCACCACCACCACCACCACCACCACGGGUCCUACCACCUUCCCCCGCAGCUUCCAUUUCUGCGGCUUCAAAUCGCCCCCCGCCUUCCCUUCAUCAUCGUUCUCCUUUCAAUUCUCUCUCUCCCACAAAGCGUCCUCACUCCCCAGAUCAUGCCCCAGGCCGCUCAAACCCAAACACUCCAUCCCGCAACGCCAUCUCCAAUUUGGUCAACGCCUCCGACGAGCCACCCCGCGCCAAUUCACGCGUCCCAUCUCGCGCUGUGACCCCCUCAGCAGCCGCUUCAGCAGCGGACACGCAGGAAGAGCGCGACGCAGCCAUGGUGGUAGACGAGCAGCUUGAGGAAGGUGUCGAGCCAAUCGACGUCGACGCCGAUGAGGACGAAGACGACGACGAUGACGACGAAGAUGAAGACGACGACAGCGAGGACGAUGAUGAUGACGACGAUGAUGACGACGACAUCAUCGCCCUCGAUGGCCCCAAUGGCUCUGAAACCAAGCUUGGCGACGCUGUCAAGAAGGAGCCCACAGAUGCGACGGACACCAAUGGCGAACCCAAGCCAGAGGGCGAGGCCAAGGACGAUGACAAGCCCAAGAAGAAGAAGCGUAAGCGCUCGCCGUCAGAAGAUCUGGCGCCCCCACCCCCACCCAUGCCGACCAUCCGUCUCGACAUGGAGUUACCCGAGGAAGGCAUGCUCGACUGGAACUUCUUACAGGAAGCCGCCAAGGCCGGCUACGAGCUGCAUGAUUCCAACGGCGUGCCAUACGUCCUGACCGAGGACAUGAAUGGUCAAGAGAAUGGCGAGACCACUGCUGAGGGGGCGGCUGAAGGCUCCGGCGCCGAGAAUGGCGACGGAGCAGCUCCAGAUCCGUUCACUCCAGGCGGCAUUGGCAGCGAGGCUGCAGAGGCGGAAGCCAUGGCCGCAGCACUCGAGGCCAAGUGGGCCAACUACGGCAAGACUGGCAGAAAGAAGAGACCGACAAAGUCUGGGCGCCGAGCCCCUCGCGAGCUGUACGACUUGAACGACGACUUUAUCGACGACUCGGACGUAUACAUUGACAUGCCGACGCAUGUCGCCCGUCCGAAGAAGGAGGGCUUCUUUGUCCAUCAGGGGCCGCUCGAGCUCCUGGAGGAGGAAGGAGCAGGACCACGGCGGCCCAAGCCCGUGCGCCGCGCCGUCAAGACACCACGCGAGGCGCGUCCCAGUCUCUCGGCCGCUCUGCGAGCCAAGUUUAGGCCCAAGCAGCAAGGCGAGUCGGACGUCAUUGUGAUCAGCGACGAUGAAGGGCCGCCGCCUAUGCGUUACCGCCCGAGGUCACCUUCCCCUCCCGGCGGCGACCCUACAAAUGGGGAGAUCGACCGCUCCUUGUUCAAGAACGCACCGAGAGAGGAAAAAUAUCUUCCUCCAUAUGACUCCUUUCCAGAGGAGGUCGCUCACGAGCUGCGAAUGCUACGUUACGCCAGCACGAUGCAUCGCUGGGACCCCAACAACAAGGGCAAGUUCCCCGAGCAUCUCAAGGCCUAUCUUCAGCGUGCAGGCGAGGCUGCAUUCCACUACGACGUGUUUUGCAUUGUCGACAAGGAACCGACAGAUACGCGUUACGAGGCAUUCAAAGAGAAGGCCUUUGUGCAAGCUCUUUGUGGAAUGCUGCCGUACAACAAGCUGACUCUUGGGAAACUCGUUCUCAAGCUCUGCUACAACGAGUACUGGAAGUGGCUGCAGGCAUGCGAGGAGGAGGGCCUAGCUCAGUGGAGGGAGAUCCUGGAGCCACACAUCGAUGAGAUGCUGGAAGAGUGGGAGCGCCAAAAGCGCGAACAUAUGGAAAGACAGGGGCAGCAGGAGCUCGUGGAGGACGCUGCAGGCGAGAAGAAGAACGAAUUAAAGAAGAUGCCUUAUUUCGCGCAGGACCAAGACCUCAAGGACAUCUUCCGCCAGCUAGUCGAGAACACGCAGGAAAUGGUCGAGAUCAACAAGAAGAUGGAGGAGUGGGGGCAACCGAUACAGGGGCAAUCGAGCGAGCUCAACAUGCGCAAGAUACUGUACAACAAGAUCAUAAGGAUCUACCCGGACGACUUCAUGACUUCGCUGCACCUCUCUCGCCAGUUCACAAACUACAAGCGCUCUGGGCAAGGUGCCGCAGCUGCAGCUGCGAUGCGGAAGGGCGAGGACACGCCCAUCGCCGUGGAUUGAGGAGUAGGUGCGCAAAUAUCGAGCUGUUAGGACGUGCUCUGCACGACUUCGGGGUGAGUGUAGGGUGUACUGUAUGUAAUGUAUGGUGCUAUAGAAUGUUACAGUCGCAUAAUAGCACUCAAACCCGGUAGGGGGUUAUCGCAGUU